CUUUGGAGUCGUUCUGAGCCUCCAUCUCAUACCUGCCACAUACACCUUGUCCUUUGCCGGAUCAGUAGUCUUUGCCCUGGUUCACAACAUGUGUAUCACCAUUCUAGGUCACGUUCUCCUUGGAAUCUCUUCCCCACCGACCGCCUUUUUUCUCCACCUUCGACCACUGGACCACUCGCGGCUGUCGCAACUGUGACGCUUGGACUGGAUUGGCGUGCAUUUUUUUACCAUCGGUACCGUUCUCUUCGAUUUCCUUCUGAGCUGGGCAGGAAACUUGUACGCCUGGGGCUCGUUCCGUACCCUGCUUCCUCUCAUGCUUGGAGUCGCCAUACUGUCGGCUUUCACCUUCUACGAGAGUAAAGCAGCAGCUCCAAUCAUGCCACAUCGUAUCUCCAGCUCCAGGACAGCCUCCACGACACUAGCUAGAGUUUUCCUUCAUGGCAUGUCGUUAUAUUCGCUACUACAAUGGCUGCCACUAUUCUACCAAGUUGUCAUGGUCAAAACAGUGCUCCAAUCGGCUGUGUUGCUCUUACCUACAAGCGCUGUGAGCGUGAUAGCGCCAACUGGCGGAGUCAUCCUUGUCGGACUGGCCAAGGUAGGGUAUCGAUGGAGCAUCCGAAUCUCUUGGGCGUUGACAGCUGCGGGAACAGGGGUCCUCGUGCUGCUCGACACUGACUCAUCGUCCCAGUUUCCCACGGACUUCCAGUUCACUGGGGGCGGGAAUCGGUAUGUUGCAGCCAAUGAGUCUGUGGUGGCAGUUGGGUUGCGUAUCCUCCAAUACAUCGUAAUGCAGCCACAAGAUGCAAAACGCUUUCGAAUUGGUUGCGGAGAGUAGUAAAGAAGCUGGCGGUUUAUGGCGGAAAGAUAUCCAUACCAGAUUGAAAGCAAACAACAUGUUUCUGUCGGAUAUCUUCAUACCCUUCGAUGGUAUGA